AUGUCAAGUUUAUUUUAUUGUCGACUAUGUGGAUUAGAAUUGCCACUGCCUUGUAUAAAAACUUUGGAACAAAUAAAAGAUGAAAAUUUAGACACAGUUAUCUACCAAUGUUUACAUAUUAAUUUGAAUUUAAAUGAUGUUUUCCCAAAAACUACUUGUUAUAACUGUUGCAAUGCUGUUCUAGAAUAUCAUAACUUUCUAAACAAAGUUCAAAAUGUUCAACUUAAAUUACGUGAAAUAUUUAUUGAAAAUGCACUAAACAUUAAAACAGAAACAAAUGUUGACGAUUUACCGAUAUUUUCAAAUGUAGAUAAUAAGGUAUCGAAGAAAAUAGAAAAUAAUGCUCUGUCUAGUAAAAGUUCUUUUCAAUAUAAUGAAGUGAAAUCAGAAAUCAAUGAUUUAUUUAAAAAUGAAAGUUCGAUAGCUUCAUCUAAUGAAAUUGAAACAAGUAGACCCACAGAACUCAAAGAAGAAACAUCGAUAAAAAAGGAAGAAAGUAGAAAUGAAUUCACCAAGCAAUGUACACAAUGUGAUGUUUAUUGUGAAUCAAUAACAGAUUUAGAGGAACAUAUAGAAUCAUUCCAUGAUGAUUCUAUGUUUUCUGAAUCAGAAACAUUACCUGAAUCAGAAAGUAAAAAAUCCAAUUCAAGUAAAAAAGGCCUUAGUAAAACAAAAAAAGUAAAGAGAGCUUUAGUGAAAUACGAUUGUGAUAAAUGUGGAAAAUCUUUUAAGAAACGAUCACAUUUAGAUAGACAUCAUUUCACCCAUAUUGAAGAUAAGCCAAUCAAAUGCGAUCAAUGCGGAAAAGGAUUUAAACAUGCCGAAGCAUUAAAAUCACAUGCAAGAAAACAUUUGCCUUCACAAGUAAAAAAUCGAUACAAAUGUGAUAUUUGUAAUAAAAUGUUAAUUUCAUCAACCGGUUUAAUAUAUCACAAAAAGAUUCAUGAAGGAACUUAUGAGUAUGUUUGCGAAGUAUGUGGUGCUAAAUGUCGAACACAACGAAAUUUAGUUGUUCAUCGUCUCAUGCAUCAAACAGAAACUCCAUUCCAUUGUGAAAUAUGUACAAAAGCUUUUAAGACUGAUUAUGGACUCAAGAAACAUCAAUUGGUUCAUAGUGAAGUAAAACCUCAUGUUUGUGAUGUUUGUGGGCAAAAAUUUAAAGAGAAACGACGUUUAGUCCGACAUCAAAAUUCACAUUCCACGGAGCUACCAUUUGAAUGUAGCUACUGUAAAAAAUGUUUUCGAGAAAAACGUUUUCUUCAGGUUCAUCUUAGACAACACACAGGUGAACGUCCGUACUCGUGUAAAGAAUGUAACCAUCAUUUUACAAAUUCCUCAAAUUACAUAAAACACAUGCGAGGUCGACACGGAAAUUACAAACCUAUUAAAAAUGGGAUAAUAAUGAGAAAUAAUGCAGUUGUUUCUACUUAAUUUUUGAAAUAAAAAAAUUUUUUUAU